AUGCGCAGUCUGCCACAUGUGAGGUCUAAUUCACCUAUAUUGAAUUCACAUACAAACAAUGACCGUCGUCUUAGUACUAAAUUAAUUGCCGAUGAACUGGGACUCAGUCAGACUACGUUGGGGAGUAUUGCGACGGAGAAUUUGAUGAUGCGAAAAGUGUGUGUUAAACUGGUGCCAAAAGUUUUGUCGGUGGAUCAGAAGAAAAGGCGUAUGACUGUUUGCCAGGAAAUGAUCCAACGGUUGAAUGUUGAUCCGAACUUUUUGGAGAAAGUGUUUACUGGUGAUGAGACCUGGUUCUACGAGUACGAUACUGAGUCGAAGCUUCAAAGCUCAGAAUGGCACACUUCUUCCUUGCCGAAGCCCAAGAAAGCUCGCAUGAGCAAGUCGCGUGUAAAGUGCAUGCUGAUUGUUUUUUUAUGCUAA